GGCUGGUCACACACUUCUGACGUUUGACUGCUGGGAGUUCCGACUUUUCGGCUAAAUUAAUGCAAACCAAUUGAUUGUCACCAGAAGUGGUUAAAUUGUUGUUGCGCGCGCCGAGGAUGAGCAACCACCGCCUUGCGAUGAACUUGGACAUGUCCGAGAUAAUCGAGUUCGUGCUGCCCGCGAAGAGCGAAUAUUCGGACGACGAUGGAGGGGGCGCCGGUGGCAUUGUGGACGCCAGCGAGGAUGCCACCUAUGUGGUGCUGGAGGGCCUGGGAAACGAAUACGACGAGGAGUUCCUCAUUGUCAACGAGGAUGGCGGAGAGGGCGAACUGCUAGCGGACGAUGAGCUGCAGGGUCUGCUCGUCGGAUCCCGAGUGAGGGAUACACCGAUGGGCGAGCAGGGUGAACAGUAUGUCGUCACUGAAUUGUUGCUUAGCGAAAUGGAGGAGCUGGUCGAGGAGGAGCAGGAGCACGGCGACUACGACGACCUGAGCUAUACCCAUCCUCCGGUGUCCGAAGAGCUAGAAGAUCUCGAUAUGGAUCCACCAUCGCCGCCGUCGCCUUCUCCACCGCCAACGCAAAAAGCAGCGCCGCCACCGGCACCUCAAGCGCAGCCGGGAAGUAAAGCGAAAACAGCGUCCGCCCACCAGAUCGCCAUACGCAGCUUUGCGAGCCAAAACGAAGACGAUGGCAGCGUCAAAGAUGUGAAGCCCAGCGAAAAGAUGCUAGAGGAGUUCAAGGGACCGCGUCGCUACCUGCUCUUCGACGACCUGAUAGCCACUAUCGUGGAUUUUGACGAAGACAGCACGCCCAUUGUGGAGUUCUCCAUGAUCAGCAACAUGGUGGACGAAAAGCUGCCGGUGGAAUGCGGUAUUUGCCCGGAUGUGAUGCACAAGACGAAGCUGUCGAAGCACCAGAAGACGCAUAUGGUGCCGGGAACCAAUCGCUAUGCCUGCAUCUACUGCACGGAAACUUAUCGCGACUGCAAAUACCUGGCAGGACAUGCGCGGCGUCACAUGGGCAUUCGUCCGUAUGUCUGCGAACUGUGCACUCUAUACUUCUCCACCAAACAGGACCUGAGGGUUCACAACCAACGCCGCCACCUCGAGAAGGAACACAUUUGCGAGAUGUGCGGCAAGACAUUCGCGCAAAACACCCAGCUAAAGAGGCAUCGUGAGGCGACGCACGAAAAGAAGCGACGAUUCCAGUGCCAAUACUGCCAGAAGGCCUACUACAAGAACUUCUCGCUGCAGGAGCACAUUCGCAACGUACACAUGGGCAAGCGGAGAAUGCUGAAGUGCCCGUUCUGUGGGAUGCAGUGCCGCGAUGCCCACAAGAUGGCCCGCCACCGCAAGGAGAUGCACCUGAGCCAGGGCACGUACGUGUGUCACUUGUGCCAGGAGGAGUUCACGGACAUAAACUACUUCGACGCCCACAAGCGGUCCAUUCAGUGUCGCAGCAAUACUCGUCGAUUUGUGGGCGACGGCGAGGGCAAUCAGUCCGCCUCGGGAUCCGUUUCGGGUGGCAUGAUGGACGGCCAGGAGGAAGAGGAUGAGGACGACGGCUUGGGGUUGCUGGAGGAGGAUUACGACGAGGACGAUGGCCUGCUGGUUGAGGAGAGCCAAACGGAGGAGCCAGUGGCUGGCAACGGGCAUUAUAUGGUCAGCGAGGGGGAGCAGCAGUUUGUCCAGAUAUCCGACUACGACGACCAGCGUUUGCUGGUGGAGAACGUAGCCAACGGGGGAGGAGGAGGGGAUAUCGAGGAGGAGGAAGAACAGUACUAUAAUGCUGUCCAACAUCACCGAGGGCAGCAGCAGCCGCAGCAGAUCCAUCACCAAGUCCAUGGACAGGACUACAACGACGAGCUGAUAUACGAGAUCACCUUGAAGACUGAGGAUAAUUGAGUGCCGCCCCCGUGCACAAAAGUGUAAAUAGGAACCAAUUAAAUAAUAUCAAGCAAACUACAUUUUA